AUGUCCGCGGAGGGUCUCCAGCCGAGUGUUGUCGGAACGUUACAAAGCAGGGUCAUUACCUUGGAAAGAGAACUGUCGCGAGCAAAGGAGGAAAUUGCUGAGAGGGACAGGAUGUUGGUGGACUUGCAGCACAGGGCUCGUGAUGAUGCGCGUGGUGAUCGCUUGGCUCCGGCGCUAGCACCCACACCAUCUCCACCUCCGAUGUCACCUGCCGAGUUUGCGAAGCUGGCAGGCGCCUCCGGAGUGGCAGAGCCCUGGCCCUCGCCGCAGCUGCGCGGCACGGCAAAGGCAUCUGCGACCUCUGCGACCUGCGACUUCCAGCAGGAUGUGGACUACUUCCUCUUGGCAGGACGAGGGAAGGAGGAGAUGGUCAAGGCUAGCUCGAACAAGGCGGAAUGCUGCCAAAUCUGCAUUGACAAGAAUCGUCAAACGCCGGGCGCCUGCACGGUGGCCGUCCUGAGCUCCUCCUCGGACUCCCCACCUUCGGGAUGCUGGAUCAAGGGUGCCGGCUCCAUGAAGAUCCUGGCGGCCUUGAAGCCCAACUUGAAGCCCGGGGUCAUGGCUUGUUUUCCACCUGGGCACGGCGAGAUGCCCACGGUGCCCACGGCACCACCCGUGGACAGCACGGCAGUUGCGGAGCACGAGAAAGGUCUAACUCUCCUGAUCUCUUCGGUAACAACCCAGGACAUGCGGGCCAAUGCAGUGCGAGAUUCGAUUCGCCACGCCUGGUCAUGUUACAAGACUUUUGCCUGGGGCAACGAUGAGCUGCUGCCCAUAGCUGGCAAGGGUCGAAACCGUGGCUUCAACCUGGCUGUGACGAUGGUGGACUCUCUUGAUACGCUCUGGCUCGCCGGCCUCAAGGAGGAGUUCAACGAUGCAAAGGACUGGCUCGUAGCCCACUUUCACAACAAGAUCAACGCAGUCGGCAAGACUGUCUCGGUUUUCGAGACCACCAUCCGAGUGUUGGGUGGCCUGCUGUCGGCGUAUGACCUUUCCAAGGAGAGCGCUUUCCUGGAUCUGGCAGUGAAAAUGGGGCAGAAGAUCCUGGCCGUGGUGACCGCCAGAGGCGUCACUCCCUACACCUUCGCCGGCGGACGUGGAGGCAGCGGUUGCCCAAGCCUGGCAGAGUCGGGAACGCUUCAGCUGGAGAUGCGGUACUUAUCCCACAUGACCGGGGACCAGACCUUCGCGGCCAAGACCAUGAAGUUCUACGAGACGGUGCGAGGCUACAAGAGCUUAGACGGGCUCUGGCCCAACUGCUUCGAGCGAGGCAGAGGAAAGAUCACCUUUGGUGCAGAUGGCGACUCUUUCUACGAGUACCUGUUGAAGGUUUGGAUACAGGGCGGAAAGCGCCAGGAGGAAGACUACCUGAAAGGAAUGUACGACAAGGCCGUCGAAGGUAUGGAGAAGCACUUGGUCCGAAAGGGCGCCGAUGGCCUGACCUACCUUGGCACGGCAACGUGGGAAGCGACCGGUGCCAGCUAUGUGCAGGAGAUGGAGCAUCUCACCUGCUUCGUGCCGGGGUGGAUAGCUCUGGGAGCGCAGCACUGGCAAGAUGAUCUCCGGCAGCGCCGGAUGCAACUGGCCGACAGCAUUGCAUACACCUGCUGGCAGAUGUACGAGAAGCAGCCAACAGGCAUCGGUCCGGAGAGGGUCAAAGGCGAGGCCAUGGACCUCUCCAAGACCAACACGAAAGAGUACAUCCUCAGGCCGGAGGCGGUCGAAGGUUGGUGGUACAUGUGGGAGCUGACUCAGGACGCCAAGUACCGCGACUGGGGUUGGAAGACGCUCCUUGCCUUCGAGCCGCCUGUGCUCGCCAUGGCCUCGCUUCCGCUCCCAGAACUUUGGCGGCACCGCACGCCUUCAUCCCUGGUCAGCGGCGUGGCUUUGCUGGGAGAUGAAGGCGGCGGUGUGCGCACGCUGGCACAGUUGCUGGCCCCAGGGGCCACGCCCGUCGAGGGCUUGACUGCGAUCCUUUUUCCCUCGGGCCUGCCCGCUCGGCCACUGGUCUUCUCCACUGUGAUGACCGACAGCUUCACACACCGGACCUUCGUUGGAGUGCAGAUCUCAUACCAGUCUGGCAUGAGCAGACAGACAGAGCCCCUGGCAACCUGCGCCUGGUCGCAUUUGCCGGAAGUCGCGAGUCCGAACUUCCUGAAGCUGAUGCUGAAGAUCCACAGCUGCCUCGAGGAUUCCUGCGAGAGCCAUGCGGUCCUGGCGCAGACCUUUGCCCGGAUCUGGGGUUGGCUUGUCCAUGAGGUCCCAGCGCCACCACCGGGCACGGCCCUCUUUCUGCACGGCAUCGGCGUAUCCGAUGCAUCCCCCAUCUGUGUGGCGGAAAGACCCGCCUGCGGGCUUCCUGCUGUUUACGUUCCGAGCUCCCUCCAGCAACUGCUUACACGAUUGAGCAUUUCGGCGCUGCUGCUGGUAAUCCGACUGCUGCUCUUGGAGCAGAAGGUCUUGUUUGUCUCGUCAUCUGUUGCGUUUCUGACCACUGCAUGUGAAGCGUUCUCAUCCAUCCUGAUGUUUCCCCUGGCUUGGGUGCACUGCUACAACCCGCUGCUACCAUCGAUGGAUUACUUGGCAACGCCUCCUCCAUUCCUUUUCGGUUGCCUACGCGACAUCUUCCUGAAAGACAGCUUUGCAGACUCCCACGACCUGCUCUCGAGUGAAAUUCUGGCGGAACAAGACCGGGACUUUUCCAUCUUUGAUCUGGACACGGGAGACACGCACCCGACGGACGCGACGCAAGACGUCUCUUUACCGGAGCUGCCGGAGGCGGCGCAAAGCCGGCUGAGAUUCAGCCUGACAGAGCUGCGCUCGAGGUUCGAGGCCUUCCAAGAUCUUUGGCCCGAGAGAAGUUUCAAGGACUCUGAUGGCUUCGACUUCGACGCAUCGGUGCAAAGGAUCUUCUUGACUUUCACCUCGGAUUUGUUGGGCGAUGUGCCUGGCUCGCUGGGUCCCUCCUGCGAGGUUGCGACGGCAGCCUCGGUGCUCGAGUCGUUCCAAGAGGGCCAGUUCCUCUCCAAUGUCUCCGCCAAGGACAAGCCCUUUUUCCAGUCCUUCGUGCAAACCAACGCCUUUCUGGCGUACCUGCAGACGCUGCACCUUUUCGGUCCGUCAAAGUCCCCCUUUGCGGAGGCCAUGCAGCAGGCACAGGCACAGACGGCACCGGCCAUGAGAAGCACGCGGUACAUCUUGCCGAAGCCCCACUUUGCUCCGGUGUCGUCGAGCUCGCAGGAGCCAUUGGACGGGAUUGUGCGGGCGGCGAUCGUACUCCAGCAGCACAGCCCCCCUUUGCAAUUGCACCUCUCCUUCGCAUCCUUGGAAGCGACAGAGCCUGCGCGGGCAACAGCCAGCCUGGACAACGGGGAAGUGUUGGCAGAAUGGGAGCGCGGCGACUGUGAUGGCCAGGCGCUGCAGGCGGAGCCCAUCGCAAUCUCGGAGCCCGUGGCGGAGCCGAUGGAUUUCGUUGGCUGCUGGGAAAGCCUGGUGUCGGCUUUUCGCGAGGAGGCCUCGUUGCGAAGGAGUGACCUGGCAGCUAGUGCGGCUGGCCUACAAUGCCCUCAGUGGACACGGCAACUCUGUCUGGGAUUUUAUGAGGCAUUGGCAAGCGACGAGGGCAAAUUUCACACAGGCAUGGCCGACUUUUGGACGUCGGCGGUCUUGUUGUACGCAGUCUUGUCGCGCAGGUUGUCGGCUCCGGAUGAGUUUCUGUUGCAGACACACUUGGCAAUCGUCGACAGGCCAGCUGCCUUGCCGACGCACCGGAUGCUGGCACUGAUGGGGAGCUUAGAACCCCACCGCCUCAGCGAAGUGCUGCAGUUGAACCGGCGCGAUCAGCUCUCUGAAUCGACGGUCACGGACUCGAUGUGCUAUGCGCGCCGGCUGCUCGCAAUCGCCAACCCAUCGGCCCUUGCCCUGGCAGAGGUCGAUGACCCGGCUUUGGCUUUCGUUUGCCCCGGUUCCGACGAAGAGGGGGACCCUGUCUCUCCUCGGCACACCCUGGCCAACCCGAUGGUGACGUACGAGCAGAUGAGGGAGCUCUGUCAGGAGCCUUGUGAGCCCUGCGUGGAGCUGUUGCCUUUUCAGGGGCCGAGCCAGACGUCGGUGCUGAACCACCGGCGCUUCUGCAGUUGGACCGACCGAGACCCAGAGUUGCUUUCCCAGGACCUCCUCAUCGGAGCCUUCCGAGCCGCCGCCGCCGCAAGCCCUGUGAGCCCCGCGGCCAACACCGCCGCCGGAGCGAGCACCGUGAGCACGGGGAGUAGGGAAGGCAAGGGCCACGGGUUUCGGCGGAAGCUGGAGCGGCUUCACGAGCCCUUGGCGGAGCUGCAGUGCGUGACGCUGCAGGGCAAACGGCUGGAGGCGUGCCUCAGCUUUUGGUUGAACUGCCUCAAUGCGGCCACGCUGAUCGCCUCAACUUCGCCCUCGAAAUAUGUUGGGAUUUCUGAGAUCCCACAGACAAUGGGGGCAUGGGAGGAGCUGCUGAACACGGCACAACUAGAGGUUCAGGGACAUGUUAGGAGCCUCGCAGAAAUUGAAGACGGCCUGGUGCGUUCUGAUCACCUCUCCCCAAGCUCUCCAAGUUCUCCGUCCUCACCUUUGGGCGAGUCGCCGCCACGACACGAGCGGAUCUUGAAGCGCGCGGUGCCUCAGGCGAUCUUCGGCAUCUACAGGCCCACAAGUAGCCACCCUGCGCUGCGGCUCUUCCAGGCCAAUGCCGUCCUGGCCCAGCUGGAUCUGAAUGCGGUGCAUCUGCUGAUACGGGCCUCGGUGGACGGCUGGAGGCGGAAAGUGCUAGUUCCUGGCUUCCUCGAAAACUUGGAAUUGGAGGCAGAGGGUUUGCUUGAACUCAUGGUGUCGCUUCUGCAAAAGGCACCUGACCGAGUGGCUGAGCUGGAACUUGCCACGGGCCUUGAGCCGCAGGCCGACCAGCAGCUCCUGCCAAAGACAAAGGAGCUCCUCAAGCAGUUGGAAGCAUUGCGACGUGAGAAAGCCGGUACUCCCUUUGCUGGAGUUCGCGUCGAGUUCUCGGACGCCGAUUGGGCCUUCAAGCCCCCUGAAACCGUGUGCCACCUGCUGGCCGAUGCGCGAAGGUAUGCUUCCUUGAAGGAUGUGCGACAGACUUCCAAGAGCUACUUGGACAGGAUGGAGAGCUUCUUCAUCGCAGAGACUUUGAAAUACCUUCUAUUGCUCCAGGCCGAUCACGACGUGAAGCUGGACCGCUACGUAUUCAACACAGAGGCACACCCUCUGUCAAUCUUGGACUUUGCACCCAAGCCAUGA